AUGGCAGAAAAUACAGAUAACUUGUCCCAGGUUCGACACGUGGUCCUGGUCCUGUCUGGGAAAGGCGGAGUUGGGAAAAGUACCAUUACGACAGAACUGGCUCUGGCUUUGAGACAAUCAGGCAGGAAGGUGGGGAUCCUGGACGUGGACCUGUGUGGCCCCAGUAUCCCGCGGAUGCUGAGUGUGGGGCGCCCGGACGUGCACCAGUGUGACGCGGGGUGGGUGCCAGUCUACACAGACGCUCAGAAAAGCCUGGCUCUGAUGUCCAUCGGGUUUCUCAUGGACGACCCCAACGAGGCCGUGGUCUGGAGGGGCCCCAAGAAGACAGCGUUGAUAGGUCAGUUCGUGACAGACGUGUCGUGGGGAGAGCUGGACGUCCUGCUGGUGGACACUCCUCCAGGGACAUCAGACGAGCACCUGGCCGUGUUGGAGAAGCUGAAGAACCAUCGAGUGGACGGAGCAGUGCUGGUCACCACUCCACAGGCCGUGUCGACAGGAGACGUCAGGAGGGAGAUCACGUUUUGUAAGAAGACCGGCGUUCGUAUACUCGGAAUAGUGGAAAACAUGAGUGGAUUCGUCUGCCCACAUUGUUCAGAAUGCAGCAACAUCUUUUCAAAGGGCGGCGGGGAGGAGCUGGCCAAACUCACUGGAUCCGUCUUUCUCGGCGCGGUGCCCUUGGAUCCACAGCUAAGCUCCAGCACAGAGGAAGGCAAGGACUUCAUGCAAUCAUUCCCAGAUAGUGCCACGUUCAAUUUGGUGGAGGACCAGACCUUUUUAGCGUACGAGUCCAGCUGCAUGACUUUCGGAGACCUGGCGAUUAAGUACUGCGCUCCGGCUCACAAGCUGAUCGUGGCCAGCGCUCAGGACGUGCAGGAGGUGUACUGCGACUGGCAGCGGUGGAUCUUGGGCGACCUCCCGUUCAGCCACGCCUUCUAUCGCAAGCACAAAGCCGGAUCUGAGAGCGGCGCCGCGGUCCAGGCUCCUCAGGACUCGGAGAAGGUGCGUGCCGAGAUCCAGGCGUUCGUCAAAGGUAUCGGCUCCAGCGUCAGUCCUGAGAAGCUUCUGGAAAAGGCCUUCUCCAUUCGGUUGUUCAGCCGCAAAGAGAUCACUCUGCUGCAGCUCACCAACGAGAAGUCCCUGCAGCAGAAAGGAAUCACGGUCAAACAGAAACGGCGGAACGUGCAGCUGGCUCUGAACCCCGACUCCUUCUCCUCGGAAAUCGUGAGCGCUAAGGAAAUGCGAGACAUCUGGGCGUGGAUCCCCGAGCGCUUUGCCCUGUGCCAGCCUCAGCUCGUCUUCACCACGUCCAACCACGGCUGCAGCCUGAACAGGUUCUACUCUCACUGUGAAGGCUACGAACCCACUCUGCUCCUCAUUCGGACGACAGACGGCGACGUGUGCGGAGCCUUCCUGUCCACAGACUGGGAGGAGCGCAAGAGAGGAGGCAAUAAACUCAGCUUUUUUGGAACUGGAGAGUGCUUUGUUUUUAAGCUAAAGCCAGAGAUGGAGCGUUACGAGUGGGUGGUGAUCCGCCAUCCUGAAUUAGCUUCUUCUUUAAAGACUAAGAGCGAGGACGACUCUGCUGCGUCUGAGGAGCAGGACGCCUGCAACAACCUGCAGCAGCCGGAGAAAUCCUUGGGGGAACUGUCUCCGUUUCUGUCCGCCCGCCACUUCAACCUCACCUCCAGAAAUACUUCCAUGUUCAUGGCUGGAAACUUUGAUUCCAUCAUCAUCGGUGGAGGCGAAGGCAACGCCCUGUACAUAGACUCUGAGCUGAACCACGGGCGAUCCGCAACAUGUGCCACCUUCGACAACCCGCCCCUGUGUGCAGAGACCUUUCAGGUGUCUCUGCUGGAGGUGUGGGGCUUCCAGGACGCCAUGGCCCCCUAA